AUGCUGUCUUCCAAUUGGGUGUCAUCUGCAGUGACUUGAGGCUCAUUGGCUGCUGCGCGGACGGGGAAACUGAGCAGACCUUACCAGGCUGUGUUGGUGAAAUUGAGUCUGCUGUUUCCCGGAGCUGCCCCUACAGCUUCAGAUGCUCUCACCGCGCAGAGGCCAUCGCGUCCCGCACCCGGCUUCAGCGGAGAGGUUGCUGGUGACCAGAAACAGGCUUUCCUAGUGCUCCCUACCUUCCAAGUCUACCGCGAUGAGAAGGAACUCGUGGGGUCCCUAGUCAGUCACUCCGUCUUCUGCACAAGAGAAGGAUUACCGGAGACAUUUGGACAUUUGGGCUCAGCAGCCAGACAAAAUAAAGAGAAAAUGGAAGACCUGCCUGAUGUUGCGUCUUUUUCGACUAAACUUAAAAACACUCUAAUCCUGUACCAUAACAUGGAAGAUGACAAGUGGCGAGUUGCAAAGAAAACGAAAGAUGUAACAGUUUGGAGAAAACCCUCAGAAGAAUUUAAUGGUUAUCUCUACAAAGCCCAAGGUGUUGUAGAUGAUGUUGUCAAUGUUAUAAUAGACCAUAUACGCCCAGGGCCUUUCCGUUUGGAUUGGGACCGCCUAAUGACUUCAUUGGAUAUUUUGAAGAACUUUGAAGAGAAUUGCUGUGUGAUGCGUUACACUACUGCUGGUCAGCUUUGGGAUAUAAUUGCCCCGAGAGAGUUUGUUGAUCUCUCCUACACUGUGGGGUAUAAAGAAGGACAUUUAUCCUGUGGAGUAAGUCUUGACUGGAAUGAAAAGAGGCCAGAGUUUGUUCGUGGAUUUAAUCAUCCCUGUGGCUGGUUUUGUGUUCCGCUUAAAGACAAUCCAAACCAGAGCCUAUUGACAGGCUAUAUUCAGACAGAUCUGCGUGGAAUGAUUCCUCAGUCUGCAGUAGAUACAGCCAUGGCAAGCACCUUAACCAACUUCUAUGGUGAUUUACGGAAAUCCUUACAAAAAGCUUAGUAUGUUCAGGCUUACACUGUGAUCCUAGAAUCAGCUUUCCUUUAGCUUGUGGCCUGUAAAAAUCACCAAUUCCUAUCUGUGUAUGUCCUACAGAAACAUUUGAGAUGUUUUUGGUUUAGUAGUAUAGUAUUUUAUAUUGUUCCUAAAGUGCAUAGCUAUUUAAGAGCAUACAUAGCUAUUUAAAGUACAUAGCUAUUUAAGAGAGAGCAUUUCAAUUUUCUUAAACUUUUGUUUGCACAUUGUUUGGUAUGGCAGUAUGUUAUUUAAAAGGAUAAUAUGAUAAAAAUCCAUGAAGAAGUUAGAUAGUAGUUCUUUAGCCCAGAUUCAACAAAUUGAAUUAGUGCCUCAUUGUUGUGAGCAAUGCUACAUAGUUUUAGGGAAAAAUCAUUUGGUUAGCCUAGUUCUCUUGCCUACAGCCCAGCUAUGGAAUUCUGAGACAUAAUUCCAUUUUGGCCUCUGGUCACAACUGAGACCUCAAUGAUCCAGUGAUGCUGUGAUUCUCCAGGACAAGAAACAUCCUGGGAGGAACAAACAUCUACUCAGUUCCUCAUUAUUCUUGGACUCUUACCAUCCUGUUUACGCAGAUGUACUGAAUUCUCUGCAAGUCAUUUGUUACAUUUGUUUUUCCCGAUGUACUGAGUACUGAACAAAAGGUGUGGUAAGGUAGGGGCUUUCAUCUUUGCUGCCCAGAGUAGCACUGAUCAGAUCCAAAGCUCAGCUUCUUCUCAGUCUCAUUUUUCUACUUUUUCUGUAAUUCGCCUUAUGCUGCCUUGGCUCACAGGAGACUAGGACUUAACUUCAGAGGUUCUAGUAACGUCCCCUUUCCCUGUUCCCUACACCUCAUGAGUAUUUUGGCUGUUCGGAAAUUAGAGAAAGCACAAGUUUCAUUCUCUUUAUGCAUGCUCUUUGAGAGCUUUCUGAACAUUUUAUAAAAUUUUAAUAUUUUUAAAGGUACAUGUUACUGGUUUACUUUUAGUUUGUUCUGUGAGUUUGUCAGUAUCUUGUGCAAAAGGAAAGAGGCCUUUUCUAUAUUUUGUAAAGGUGAAAUUCAUUGUCAAUUGACUUGCACUACUUUAGGUAUUGAAAAUAUAAAAAAAUGAGUAUAGAUACUAUAGUAACAAUAGGUACAAUUCAGAUACAAUUUAGUUUUGAUACCUAGAUGCCAUUCUUUUGUAAUGUCUUAAAAAUACAUUUGUUAUUUAUUGCAUUGAUUUUGGGAGUCCUGAAAGCAUAUAUGCAUGAAUGCGAUAGUACGAAACUUUGCCAAAUAUGUAGUUGGGACACCAUGCUGAUGGAGCAGUAAUCUGAGCUGGAUGCAAUGUCUAGCGGUAUCCUGUGGUCAGCAAUGGAGGCUCACUGUCUAGAAAGUCAAAUUCAGUGAAUUUCUGCAUAUGUUUCAGUUUUGAAAGUGUCUUUCAACUCACAAAACAUCCCAAACUCUAUCAUAACACAUUCACAUUUGUGACAUAACUUUAGUCUGGAACUAUAAAAAUACAUUUUUAGAUUUAGCCAAAUGCCUGGAUAAGUCCCUUGAUUCUGUGGCUGCCAUAAAUGAACAUUGCUUCAUGCUCCUAACCUUCCAAAUCAUUAUUUGGCUCCUGAGUUAUCCAUUUAAUUUACUUCUGAAAUGAGAAUUUAAGGCAACUCAGUGUGUCCUGGGAAAGUAUAAUACAUAUAUGUGUGUAUAUGUUGUGUACAUACACACAUCUUGAGAUCUCUCAAUUCUCAGAAUGUCAGAUCUUUAUGUGUUACUGUUUCAAUCAUUUUGUUUUUUCUUUCUGGUUCUUCUUCUUGUUCCUGUUCUUCCUCCUCAUCUUCUUCUUCCUCCUCUGCCUCUUCUUCUUCUGGAAUUAUACCCAGGCAGGCCAUAAAAAAGCACAAAAAUACAUAGUCGUUCAAGCUCAUAAAAGUUUGAUCCUGUGUUUUACUUGAGCAUUUUCCUGAAUGUAAAGAAAGGAUUAGUUUUUUAGACUCAUUUUGAUGAAGUGGGAAAAAAUGAAGCUGUUUUGUUUUUAUUAUUAUUUUGCUACUGAAAAUAAUGUUCAAAUAACAAAAAUUGGCAGCAACAGACUGAAAAAUAGUUUAAGAUCUGACAGAAGGGAUGUACAAAAGAUUUGGUAUUCUUAGUUGAAGUUUAUUAAUCAACCGAUUCUCAUUUCUAAAUUGACUGUAGCAUUUGAAUUGCUUGAUUUCUCUUUUACUUUUUUUCUUCUGCAAUAAAGAAAGAAAACUCAGUUUAAAGUGGCCAGUGGAACUACUAAAUGUUAGUCUUGUCUUCAUCUAUAUUCCUUCACUUAUUAGUGUAGACUAGGAGGUCUCUUACAUUCCAUUAUUCUUUUUAGGAUGGUGAAAUGUCAACAGUGUCUAACUUGAUGACAAUGAUUAUAGUAGGUCUUCUUUGGUUUUGUUUUUAAGAAUAGAAGUGUACACAGUUUUAAACUCUGGAACCUUGUAAUAAUGUAUUAAAUAUGUUAUGUCAGAUGUCAUAAUUUAACAAUGCAAUGUGGGAUUGAUAUUAACAUAUAAUUUAAUCUACUGUUUCUGUAGCACUGCUGUAGGACAGAAAGCUAAAAUAAACCAUAUAUGUAAUUUAAAAUAUUUAAGCGGCCACUUUACAAAAUAUAAACAACUGAAUUUAAUUUUACAAUUCUGUUUAACUCAUCCAAAAUAGUAUCAUUUCAACAUGUAAACAAUGUAAAAAUUUAUCGAUAUAGCUUAUGUUCUUUUAUAAUAAUUCUUUGAAAUCUAAUAUGCAUUUUGCUAAUUUGGGCAAGCUAUAUUUUAAGUGCUUAUUAGCAACAUGAGGCCAGUGGCUGCUAUAAUGAAUAGCAUUGUUUCAUUGUAAAUGGAUUAAUUUGUCUUGCUAUAAGAUGAAGUAGACAAUUUCAUGGAAUUACUCUCUUAAAUAGUCUCUAGAGCCUUCAGUGCUAAGUAGGAUCUUCAAUAAAAUAAAAACUAUUUCCCCUAAAUAUUUUCUUUUAAAGAGAAAUAACAAAAAAAAGAGAGAGAAAUAACUUUUAGUAGAGUGGAAAUAAAAUAAUAGAAUUUUAUUAUCAUAUGGUUGUUAUUUUGUGUAGUUUAUAGCAAGAAUAUUCUAAAAACUUGUAUAUAUAGGAAAUAUUUAGUACUGUUUUCAAUACAUAGUAGCUAUAUUUUUAAGGAAAUAAGUUUCAUACAGUAAUUUUUAUAAGUGAUAUUUGCAUGAAACAUUCAUGUAUGUUGAGAGGUCAUGAUUAAACAAAAAUGAUGAUGAGAAUUUAAUGUUCUAUAGGUAUCUAUAAUAUAAACUGCUAGAGUAUUAGAGAUAAAUGUUAGAAUGUCUCUUCAUUUCAGUGUUCCUUGAAAUUGGAUGUGUUUGAACCUUGUACAUUUCCAUGGGUAAAAUUAUGUCCCAAUUGAUGGAAUUUUCUUUUUUCCCCCCUCUCUUCUUCCUUUCUUUUCUAAUUGAAGAACAUUUUUAAAAAAUUGAUACUCAGGUUAAAUUAAAUUAACACUUCAAGCUAAAAACUCUGUAAUUGAGAUUGCCUCUAGAGAAGAUAGAAGAACAUUGCACAAUUUAAGCCCCCAAUUGUCUAUUGAGCUUUUAGGUCUGAGUAAAUUCUCUUUCAUGUAAAUAAAAGUUUUACCUGUUUAUGUAGCAUCCAUAAAAUCAGGUGUUAAAUCCAGUUUCUUUUAAUUAAAUAGAUACUGUAGCUUUUUCAACCAAUAGGUAAAUUGACAAAACCAAGAGAAAGUAAUGAAAAUCUGGACUUGCCCAGCUUCCCAUUAAAAGUUGUAUAUUUACUUGUCCAGUCUAUCUGCCAUCUCUGUCUUCCUGUCCCCCCCCACUUUUCUUUGUGGUACCAUGAAUCAAACUGAGGGCCUCAUGCGUGCUAGACAAGUACUGUACACUGAUCACUGAGCUACAACCCAUCCUCUAGGUGAUCUCAUUCAACAUCUAGAAGUAAGGAAUGAGGGGACCUGAACAGAGAAGGAACCUUAGAUUUAUUUCAGAGGUGAAAAUUAUAAUUUCUUUUCAGUGUAUUGUUUCCAAAGAUCUUACAUAUAUACAGCUAAGUAUUAAAUUCAUCUCUUGCAAUUCAGGAAAAGCUAUACUAUAUAUAUAGGUAUUAUUUUAAAGAAAUUUAUAAUUCUUUUAUGACCUGGUAUAUAAAUCUAGAAUAUUUAAUAAGCAUGUGUUCAUAUAAAUAAAAUGUAUAUUUAUUUUUAAAUUGGUAUGGAAUAUCAGAAUAAAGAUUUCUAGAUACUUGUAAUUGCAUUUUGUUUUGUUUCUGUAAGUUGCUUUCACCUUCAGUACUAAUCAAAUACUAGAUGUUUAAAGUAUGUAACUUCUUGAACUGUAACAAAAGAAAAGCAUAAACCUAGAAAAAGUUAACAAAGCAUCUUAGUCUCCCAUCAACAUGUCAUAAAAUAUCAGUCACAACUCUGCUGAAUUUUUAUUUGCUCUUGUAUUAGUCAGCUUUGCACUGUUAUAAUAAACUACCUGUGUUAACUUGCAAA